UCACUAGUGAACACGCUAGGAAGUGGAACUGCACACUAGUUACACACUGCAUUGGGGAACUGCUCACUAGUGAACACGCUACAAAGUAGAACUGCACACUAGUCACUAGUGACACUGCAUGGGGGAACAGCACACUAGUGACACUGUAUAAGAGAACUGCUCACGUGAACACACUUCAAAGUGGAACUGCACACUAGUGACACUGCAUGGGGGAACUGCUCACUAGUGAACACGCUACAAAGUAGAAUUGCACACUAGGUACACUGCAUGAGGGAACUGCUCACUAGUAACAAGCACUACCAAGGGUAACGCCCAUUGCACAGGGGAACUAUGCACCACUAACAUGCUCUAAAGGAUAUUUGCGCACUAGUGAUGUGUAGGAAUAUAGAUUGUAAUCUCCAUUGGCCAAGUAUUCUCUGUACAGCUCUGUGAAAUAUGUGUGCGCUAUAUAAAUGCAAUAGAUUGUACAGGGAAAAACACAUGACAAAAUACAGGGCCGCCGUACAGAGCUCCGUGGGAGGCAUGCCACUGCCCCAAGGGCCCUGCAUCUGGCUAGCAGGGUGCCUAGAGCGGUGCCCUGCAGCCAGUAUCUACAGUAUGCUGCAGCGCCGACCGGAGCCUCCAGACGUCUGUGUAGCCCCUGGAGCACCCAGAGGACACUCCGGGUACAUGGUGAAUCCAAUGUCUAAGAACAAUAAACAUUCCAAUUCAAGAGCUUCCAGUAGCAGAAAUCAGGAUUGUUUCGGGGAACAUCGGAAUACUAACAGAACAGAAUGGAAGUUGCUCAUAUCAAUUAGAAAAUACAAUUCAGAGUUGGACUGGCUGAGUAAUAAGAGUUUCUGCACGAAAGACGCCAUCUCCCUGCAUCACAUCUCACAGCAGCCUCUCUCCAGCAGUGAUUCCUCUCCGGGACGUCCGCCCACUGCUGCUGAACCCGAGCCAGGGGCCAAAAGCAAGAAAAAGAAAGAAAAAAAGAAAAAGAAGGAAAAGAAGAAGCGGAAGAGAAAGUGUGAUGAUGACCAUAAAUACAGCGACUCCAACUCUGAUAUCAUAGAGGCACAGAAGUGUCCGGUGCAGAUUACAGCGAGGUGCGCCAGCGGAGGUGUCCCGGUGUCGGACGCUGGCCGGUCCCUCUGGCUGGAUGAAGCCCAGGCGGUGGCAGAGGAGACCUUCAGAGUUGAUAAGAAAGCUGACCCUGCGAACUGGGAGUACAAGUCUUUAUACCGGGGAGACAUUGCCAGAUAUAGGCGGAGAGGGCAUUCCUGUCUGGGUAUAGACCAGAAGAAGCAGCAGAUCAUCUGGGAGGACAUGCAUGGCAAGAAGCCGCCUCCAAAGAGAACUGAGCGUUAUUACAGCAAGAAUGCUCUGCGGGGGCUACGGAGCAAGGCGGACCCAGUGUCCUGCACCAAGGACAGUGCGGAGCCUGGCGCAGCUAGCUUUAUUCCAGUGAAGGAUGCAGAUGUCUCCUGUGCCGUGCCCACCAGCUGGGUAAAUCCUCUGGGAGUCUAUGAUGCCGGUACCACCAUGUGGCUACAAGGGAGAGGCGGCCCGGAGAACAAGCUCCCGGUUAUUGCGCCCAGAGACACUGAGGUGCUGGGGAAGGUGGAGGACUAUAACCGGAGGAUACGAGAAAAUCCAGCAGACAUCACAACAUGGAUGGAGUUCGUCUCUUUUCAGGAUGAGCUGAGCAAUCAGCCCAGCAUGUAUUCGGCCAGCGAGGGCGAGGCUGACGGCCAUCGUGUGUCGCCCAAGUUGGUUCUGGAGAAGAAGUUGUCCAUUCUGGAACGAGCCAUCGAGAGUAAUCCGGCCAGCACGGAGCUGAAGCUGGCUCGGCUGAAGCUGUGCGCGGAGUUCUGGGAGAGCGCCGCCCUGCUGAAGGAGUGGCAGAAGCUGAUCUUCUUACACCCCAAUGACCCGCAGCUGUGGCAGAAAUACCUGCAGUUCUCCCUGGGCCAGUUCAGCACCUUCUCCGUGUCCAAAGUGAAUGGCAUCUUCGGCAAGUGCCUGAGCACCCUGUCUGCGGUCCAAGAUGGCAGCAUGCUCUCUCACCCGGCUAUGCCGGGCACCGAUCGCUGCAUGUACGACAUCUUCCUCCAGCAGUGCCACUUCCUGCGCCAGGCCGGGCACUGCGAGAAAUCCGUCUCCCUGUUCCAGGCGCUGAUCGACUUCACAUUCUAUAAACCAGACAGCGUGAAGGACAUGAGCACAAGAGAGCAGGUGGAAUUUUUUGAGCCGUUCUGGGACACUGGGGAACCCCGAUUCGGUGAAAAAGGGGCGAAGGGCUGGCGUGCGUGGAUGCUGCAGCAGGAGAGGGGAGGCUGGAUCGUCAUCAAUAACUUGGGGGAAGAAGAGGACGACGCAGAGGAGGAAUUGGAUAUAAAAGACAGAAGCUGCCCCAGGUGGAAGAUAUGGCUGGAUAUGGAGUGCGCUCGGGAAGCCAGACACUGGCUGCCGUGGAGGCCGGAUCCUACCAAGAAACAGACGGAAGAAGACUGUGAGGACCCGGAGAGACAGGUCCUGUUUGAUGAUCUCGGCCUCUCCAUGAUAAAGAUCUCCAGCCCCGAGUUGAAGUUCCGGCUCAUCCUGUCCUUCCUGCAGUUUCUGGGGGUUCCCUGUGGCUCUCGGCUGUUCCCUGCCUGUAUGUAUUCCUCCUUGGACGACUCCUCCAUGUUUGAACGCUUCCCACACUAUGAGAGGAUGCUGAUGUCGUACGAGCUUCCACUGUCCGGCAUUAGCGCAGUCGGACACCUGGAUACCAUGAGCAGAGGCAGGCAGCGGAUAGGUCAGUGUAAGGAAGGCGAGAGCUUCAUCCAGAACGUCUUCCAGGCUGCCAUGUCCUGCAUCCGGGGAGAGGAGAAGACGAAACUCUCUGUCUGCUGGCUUCAGUAUGAAAUAUCCAAGGUGGUUUUCUGCCUGCAAACCAACAAAAAGAAGCUGAAACCUCAGGGAAAGCGGAGCAAGCGUCUGGCGAAAGGUCUCCUGAAAGAGCCGUUUAACAGAAGCAGCUUGGCGGUCUGGAAGCAGUACGCCCUCCUGGAGUGGCUCCUGGGAAACAUAGACGAGGCCAGGAAGGUGUUCGAUGCAGCUAUUGGCCUCGCGGGAAGCCGAGGGUUAAAGGACCAGGAAUUGUGCGGUCUCUGCUUGCUGUAUGCGGAACUGGAAGCAGAGAUGCUUGACCACCCAGAGGGAGGUUCCGGGCCACGGUCUGUCCACAUACUCUCCUGCCUUGCGGAAAAUUCUCCGUACACUCCCCAUAAUGAACCAGUCCAAGCUAUAAGUGUUCUGAAAGCACGGAAAGCUUACCAGCGGGCUCUGCAGGAUUGUUUAACUCUCCCGUCUUCCCCGCUGCUGGUCAGUUUAACCGGCUGUUUUGCGCUCUUUCAGUAUCUGACGGUAGGGGUAGACGCUGCUAUUGCUGUGCUCAGGCAAGUUGAGGGCUCAAAGCCGCCCCCUGCUGAACUAUGUGAAGAAUCACAAGACUCCUGUAGCCCUUUGCAGGCUGUUACAAUGAUGCACACAAACCUGCUCAGGUACCACGUUAAGGUCAGCGUGUAUCCACGGAUUCCUCUCAGAGAUGCAUUAAUGGCUGCUUUGCGUUCUUAUCCGUCUAACGUCGCCCUCUGGAAAUCUUACAUCCAGUUUGAGGGUGGAUCUCACAACGCCAGCAAAGCGAGGCGGUUCAUAGACGGCGUCCGGAGGACGACACUUGCCCUGGAACCGUAUCUGUUUGCAAUCCGGGCAGAAGAAGACCGGAAAUGGCUGCUGGAAUCUGUGCAAAGGGCGGCUACGGGUGAGAUACACACAGUGAUGCCGGAAACAGGCCUGUCCAACCGCAUCAAGGCUCUGUAUGAGCGUGGUCUGGGCACGGAGCAGGGCUCCCGGUGUCUGCUCCUCUGGAGGAUGUACCUGCAGUUCACGGUAUCACUGGGACAUCGGGACAGAAGCAGAGGACUCUUCUAUAAAGCCAUUCAGAACUGUCCAUGGGCAAAGGUGCUGUAUAUGGACGCCGCUGAAUAUUUCCCCGACCAGCUGCAGGAGAUCGUUGAUCUGAUGACUGAGAAGGAACUGAGGGUCCGGGUUCCCCUGGAGGAGCUGGAGCUAUUGCUGGAGGAUUAAACCUUCAUAUAUUAUAUACAAAAUAUAUAUAUAUAUAAUCUAUAUCUAUCUACCAUCAGCAAAAAUCUGCAUACAGUAUUUUUUGGGAAAAAGAAAAAUAUAUUUUUUAGGAAAAUACUGAAUAAAAUAAAUACUUGUGGAUCUCUGUGAUGUAUCUGUGAACGUUGUUACAUAACUUAUUUAUUUCCUCGUCUCAAGUCUGCCGCUUAUAACUCAGCCGGGACCUGCGCUGUCUCUGACACAGUUAUAUGGUGACCUAUGUAUUUGUCGUUUGUAGUUUUCAGAAAAGUUGAACUUUAAAAGAAAAAGGCAACAGAAUUGUGAUUCCCCAAAUAAAGAUGCCAAAAACAC